CUUUUCACUUCCUUCAAACUUUUCCCUUCAAACCUUUCCUUCUUGCUAACGCAAGCCCUUUCCUAUUCAUUUUUUCCUCUUACAGUUCCAUUGUUUGGUUACAAUGCGAUCUCUUUUCCUCUCACUCCUUCUAGUCAGUUUGAUCGCUUCAGCGGCAAAGGCUGCCAUGAUCGAUUAUCUCCGAGCCCCCUAUAAGCUCUGGUCUCCAUCAAGCGAGUACAAUAUCACGACGUUGGCACCCACGCUCAAUGUCACUGAAGUAGCCAUAAAUUGUACUUCUACCAUUCGUCAAGCCACACUGCGUGCCAAUGAAACCCAUAUUACAUUGCAAGGCAUUUCUGCAGACUCCAACGAGGCAUGCUUUGCUGCCAAUGUUACCAGCCGGCCUGGUAGCUUUAUCCGUGCUUAUACGAAGAAGAUAACACGAAUUCGCGAUUAUGAUAACAAGUUGCACCGCGGCAAAGUGUGUGACCUCGACGUUCCCGGUUGGUCGCAGAUUAUCUACAAGCAGCGCGAUGUGGAUUUGACUAUCCCCUUGACAAAUACGACCGAGAUCAAUUGUAACAACUCGAAUAGCCCUACAGAUACACCGGUUCCGACUACCACUACGACACAUGCGCUAAAAACCACUACAACGACAACGACACUCCGCCAUACAACUACUACCACGACAACCCACAAGCCCACGCCGACCGAGAAGCCGGAUGACGACAACGACGACGAUAGAGGCAGUGCUGAUUGGAUUAGUGGCCAAGUGACCUUCUUCACGCCCAACCAAGGUGCUUGUGGAGAUUGGAAUGAUGAUGACGACAUGAUCGUUGCGCUCGGCCCCGAUUGGUACGGUAACAUGAAUGCGGUGAGCAAGUACUGUGACGAGAAAGUGCGUAUUACAGGCCCUAGAGGAAAUUCCAUCACCGUUACAGUUAAAGAUGCAUGCCCGCCCUGUGACAGUGGACAUUUAGACUUAUCACCUGCUGCAUUCAAAAAACUCGGUGAGUUUGACACUGGUAUUCUCAAAGUCAAAUGGCAUUUUCUAUAAAUAAUAAAAUCAUACGCAUCUCAAAUUCAUCAUUUACACUACGUACUACAUAC